AUGAAGCGUGACUCUAUCGUAAUUGUUGGCGGCGGCAUCAUUGGCCUCAAUGUGGCAUUAGUACUUGCUAAGAAGGGUCAUGGCCGACACACAACCAUCAUCGCCGAGCAUCUGCCAGGUGACACGUCGAUAAACUACACUUCACCAUGGGCCGGUGCCAAUUUCUCUGCUAUAUCUGCAAGUGAUGAGAAUGCCUUGCGUUGGGACAAGCUUGGAUACGCACAUCUACUUGACCUUGCAGCCAAGGAUGGCCAGAACGCAUUUGUGAAAGAGACACCCUCGGUUGAGUAUUGGGAUGAUAUGCCCUCAGCUGCAAAGAUUGAUUCAAUGGCUGGGUAUCUGAAAGAUUUCAAAAAGAUCCCCACGCAAGAGUUGCCCACGGGGGUUGCGUUCGGGAUUAACUUUACGACAGUAACCAUUACUGCACCAUUGCAUAUCCAAUACCUCCUCAAAAAGCUUACUGAAGAGUAUGGUGUACGAGUUAUUCGCGGCAAAGUACCUGCGAUAUCAUCGGCAUUCCUCGGUCCAGACACCAAGGUUGUUUUCAACUGUACUGGAAAUGCCGCGAAGCACCUCGAAGGAGUCAAAGACUCCAAGUGCUUCCCAACUCGGGGGCAGAUCUUACUUUCACAUGCCCCGCACGUUCAGCAGAAUACCAUGAGACAUGGUAAAGACUACGAAACAUACGUGAUACCCCGACCCUACUCGAAUGGCAAGGUAAUUUUGGGUGGAUUCAUGCAAAAGGGAGUCAGCACUGCCGAUACCUUCAGGGAAGAGACGGAGUCGAUCUUGAACCGGACAAAAGAAAUGCUGCCGACUCUGGACUCACCAAACACUGAGAUAUUGACUGCGUUCUCUGGCUUACGUCCAUCUCGUGAGGGAGGUGCUCGUGUUUCUAGGGAAGAGAUAUCAUUGAAAGGGACAGGUCGUCAAGGAACAAUUGUACACAACUAUGGCGCUGGUGGAACGGGAUUCCAAGCAGGAUAUGGAAUGGCUGUGGAAGCGGUCAAUACUGUGACACAAGAGCUGCAAGGUCUUGUCCACUCCUCUAACCUCUGA